AUGACGGGGUACUUGUACGACUGUCAACUCCGCGACGAUGCCGUCCGCGUCCGUCGUCGUACCGGACAUGAAAAGAUCAAUGUCUGCUUCAAGCGCACGGUCAGAGUUCCGGACAACUCUGACACAUCUCAACUGCCUCCAGACCUGGGUAACUUUCCUCUCUACAAGGUUCAAGACUACGCGGAUUCCCUUUCCCCUGAAAUGGUCGCGAAAGGCGGAGUUUUCUUGCCCAUGUACCAACGCGAAGCAAUGUGGAUCAGCUUCACUGCCAACUCGCCCUUUGCCGUCAAGGUGUACGUCGGCUGCGUCAACGCCAUCUCUGGAGAAACUGCUGCCGAAGACGCUUCUACCAAAGCACGUCGCCAGCUCCGAAGAGCUCAGGGAAAACUUAUUCAGGAUUAUGUGACCGUCCCGGGUCAGCGCUGGCUGGACGGCAUCGCGUCUGGCAAUGGAGUAGUCAAGCAAUUCGUGGCCACGCGACCAGGUGAGGGAUAUACGGUCGAAGCACAAGUCACUGGUCACGAAGUACACGGGGGGCUGCAAGUUGAGAUCACUCCAGCGGUGGUGGGACCCUCUGGUAGCAUUCGAGUGUCGGUUGCUCUUCUCACUGGCAAAAAGUACGACGUCUGCGUUCCCUUGGACUCAACAUUCGGCUACCUUAAGAAAAUGAUGUACAAAAUCAUGGGCAUGCCGACUGCGACUCAGAAACUUAUCUAUCGAGGUGCACAGAUGUUAGAUGACCACCUGAUCGCUUCUUCUGGGCUAUGCGAAUGGGGGAGAGCAGUUGUUCUCAUGGAGAUAUUGAGGGGAGGAGGCUGGGCAGAGCCUCCGACAGCGAAGCCAGAAACCAAAGAGAUGGGCCUCGCUGCGGGCGGGAAGAUCAAGCAAGUGAUCGUAUAUGACGACCGGCCGGCAGAAAUGUGGCACAAGACCGCCACCGUUGCCUUCAACGUCCAGAUCCUGAACGCCAGCGCCUUUGAGAGUGUCACGGGUCUCCCACCCCCAGAAACGCCAAUCACCAUGGAAACCUACGCCGAGCUGGGCCUCCCGUUCUUCAAGCUGUACGAGGAGGAUCUGGGGGAUGUUGUCCACGGGCCACUCGACAAUGUCAAGUCGAUCGGGGAGAUGGAUGGCGUCGAAGACCCCAGCUUCGCCGUCCCGAUCAAGCCGCUCAACGACGACCCAGACCUAGCGCGUGGCAAAUCCAAGUCCAAGUCUCAGCAAGCCGACGCUGACGGGGUCAAGGCCGACGACGACAUCUCUAAUCCAGCAGGUCCGUUGAGCGACUUUCGUCCCCGCGCCGGACUAUUGCGAGAUUGCUGGGCGAGCCAGGGUCAUGCAUAUUAA